UCCCGAAGUUGCUGGUGAAGGGCACCCACUGUCAGGGCUGGCUUUGGGUAUUUUGUUCUUGUCUUGUCUGCCGAGUAGAAACGGGGGGAUUCAAAUCCUGCGUGCUGCGUCUUAGCAAACGGGAAGGCAAAAGUUGGGCAGGCAGUGUGACCUUGUCUGGGGCGGAGGGGACCACUUUUUGUAGAAGCUGUGAAAUGUGAUGGGGAAUUUGCCUCACGGACUGCUGGAGAACAGCAGCCUCCCCGAGCCUGGAGUUAGGGGCUUAACUGGGACUGGAUUCACCUCUAACCAGGGGGAGGGAAGUGCAAGGUGCACGCUUAUAAGGAUCUCCAGAAGCUAAUUUUUCUGUUUUCUUCUGGGUAUUUUUUGUUUAGCCUUACGUGUUCAAGUUUGUAACUGUCUCAGAAAAUUUAUUUGCAGGCUAAUUUUAUUCCAGAAUGCUGGAAAAGUUGCAUAUCACCCCUGACACAUUCAGCUCUUACGUGUUCCUCCCUGUAGCAGACUCAGCCCAGUAGUUGCUUCCUUUUCAGUGAGCAACGGGAUGAGGGAAUGUGCCUCUGUCAUUAUCAGUGGUGAGCCUUGCAGCCUGGGGUUUUGGAAUAGCUCAGCACCAUCUGCAUGUAUCUAAAUGCCUCUUCCUGGGUGUCACUGCACAGUCCAGGCUGCUCGUGUGGAUUCUGGGUGCCAUGGGUGCAGAUGCAGAUAGCUGAAGUGUUCUCUGCAAUGCUGGAAAGGCUUUGUAGCAGCUACUGUGAGCUGGUAACUGUCAGAAGGGGUUGUUAGCUUAGGGAUAACGGGUAUUGGCAAAAUAAGUUUUUCAAUCUGUAGGUUUGUGUGAUUUCAUGAUCUGUUUUCAUCACCUUUUUUUCUUCUUUCCCUCCUGCUUUUUCUUUUUCAGGGUGAUCUUGAGUUCUUCUUAACUUGCUAGUGCUCAGCCUCCUCAUGCCUCCAUCUCCUUUAGACGACAGGGUAGUAGUGGCACUUUCGAGGCCAGUGAGACCUCAGGAUCUCAACCUGUGUUUAGACUCUAGCUUCCUUGAAUCUGCCUCUUCUGCUGCUGAGAGCCACUCCAGUCUGCUUGGUGCAGCUGUCGUGUCCCUAAAGACUGCUAAUCUCACGUAUAUGCCCUCAUCCAACGGCUCUGCACGCUCCCUGAGUUGUGGAUGCAGCAGUGCCAGUUGCUGCACUGUGGCAACGUACGACAAGGACACUCAGGCCCAAACUCAAGCGAGCACCAGCAGCACCCACGCCGGAGCCUCCCCCGCCUGCCCUGCCAACCAAAUGGUCAACAGCAAUGAGAGCGCCGGCAGCCUGAGCCCGCUGGGCGGAGUGGGGAGCCCCGUCUCGGGCAGCGCCAAGCAACUCGCCAGCAUCAAAAUCAUCUACCCCAAUGAUCUGGCCAAGAAGAUGACCAAAUGUAGCAAGAGCCACCAACAGAACCAAGGGCCUGUCAUCAUUGACUGCAGGCCCUUCAUGGAGUAUAAUAAGAGCCACAUUCAAGGGGCUGUCCACAUUAACUGUUCUGACAAGAUCAGCCGGAGAAGGCUCCAGCAGGGCAAGAUCACUGUCUUGGACUUGAUCUCCUGCCGGGAAGGCAAGGACUCCUUCAAGAGAAUCUUUUCCAAAGAAAUCGUAGUUUAUGAUGAGAAUACCAAUGAGCCAAGCAGAGUGAUGCCUUCCCAGCCACUCCACAUAGUGCUGGAGUCACUCAAGCGAGAAGGCAAGGAGCCCCUAGUCCUAAAAGGAGGACUCAGCGGUUUCAAGCAGAACCACGAAAACCUCUGCGACAAUUCCCUCCAGCUGCAAGAGUGCCCCGAGGGGGGAGGAGGGGGCGGCGCCUCCGCUGUGCCCCCCGUGCUACCUCAGUCCAUCCCCACCACGCCAGACAUCGAGAACGCUGAGCUCACCCCCAUCCUGCCCUUCCUCUUCCUCGGAAACGAGCACGAUGCUCAGGACUUGGAGAAAAUGCAGAGGAUGAACAUCGGCUACGUCAUCAACGUGACCACCCACCUGCCCCUGUACCAUUACGAGAAAGGCAUGUUCAACUACAAGCGGCUCCCGGCCACUGACAGCAACAAGCAGAAUCUCAGGCAGUAUUUUGAAGAGGCUUUUGAGUUCAUUGAGGAAGCUCAUCAGUGUGGGAAAGGUCUCCUCAUCCACUGCCAGGCCGGUGUCUCUCGAUCUGCCACCAUCGUUAUCGCGUACUUAAUGAAGCACACACGCAUGACCAUGACGGAUGCCUAUAAAUUUGUCAAAGGCAAACGACCAAUCAUUUCCCCCAACCUUAACUUUAUGGGGCAGUUACUGGAGUUCGAAGAAGAUCUGAACAAUGGAGUCACCCCACGAAUCCUCACACCGAAGCUGAUUGGCGUAGAGACUGUCGUGUGACAGCCGAGCUGCGAGGGGGCUGAACCUGUUCUUCACCUGAUUUGGGGCAGUGAUGGGUGGGUUGUGGGGUUUUCUUUUUAGCUUUCAAAGGGGAGUUUUGUGGCAAACUUUUUGUGAAUAAAAACCUUUUUUUGUAAGGAAAGGUUUUUAAAAGAUCCAAGAACUUUGCUGGGUUUGGGAUGCUGUUAUGAUUUCCUUCUCAGACACCAGCAGAGCAGGGAGGCUUCAGAGCAAAAGGAGUACUUUUUAAAAUAAAAACAACAACAAGAAGAAGAAACGUUGGGCUUUUUUUCUUUUAAUUUUUAUUUUUCCCCUCCUCUCUGGCUACUUGUAGAGUUUAUGGCUAAGUAGUCUGUGCAGGUUCAUAGACUGAAGAAACCUAAGUUGAAGACAAAACACAAAUAGCCAAAACAAAGCAGAAAAAAAACUUCCCUGAAACAGAAGGGCCUUCGUUCUGCAAAGGCUUUGCUAAAGAUAACCUAGCAAAAUGCUCACCGAUGCAAAGGAAAUCAGAGCAGCUUAAAAGUCUGCAAGGCACUUUUCACACUCCUGACUCAAACUAAAGAAGAAAACAAAGUUCAUUUGGCGUGUUUCAUGUUCCAGUUCUAUUUUUCUAUUUUGGGGUGUAAGGUUUUAACAGUAAGGGACUUCGAUCAUUCUAUGCCAUAUGCCUUCACUGGCUUCUUGUGCAAUAAUAAUUUGGGGUUUGUUUUGAGUGUUCAAACCAAUUAAGAGUUGGCUGCCCACUAAUAAUAAGAUAAUAAUUUUUAAAGUCUAAUAGUGCAACAGCAGCCAGCUUGGUUCAGAAAGGAUAAAUGAGAGCAGUUAUUUUGUUCCUUUAUAUGAUUUUGAAUCCUGGUUACAGUGCCAUAAACCUUGUUACAUAUGUAUAUCAGAAUGUACAAAAAUCUAGAACAAGCAAAGUUUAUUUAAAAAUAUUUUUCGCACAAAAUAUUGGUGUGUUUCAGUUGUCUAUGUAAAAGAAAUUUGAUUAUAAAACAAAAAAAUCUUUUGGAAAGUGUGUGUCCUUUUAUUUCUUUAGCCAUUUUCCAUUUUCUUUCUAUGGGAUGGGGUUUUUGUUUUGUUCCCUUCGGUUUGAUUUUUUUGUGGCAUUGUACCUCUCACAUUGACAAAAUUGAUCUCUCGUUUGGCAUCUCCCCUUCAGUGUUGCGUUCCUGUCCUCUGCUGGUGGAACAUGUUUUCUUUGCUUUCUGCUCUACUCUUGCAUCUCUCUGUAACCAGAUUUUUCUCUCUGGUUCGACUGAAUUAGCACUUACUGGUGAGGGCUUUUUGGAACAGACCUGUUAUUUUUACAGCUCAGUAGCUGUUUGGAAAAAUAAGAAAUAAACAAUCUCCACUGAUUCCUUUCCAUAUUCCUGUAGUUAACUUAUCUUCUAUGUCACAAAAUUGUCCGGUUCUUAGACAUAUGUUGGUCAUGUGUGCUUUUCCCUGGCCUCUCUAUAGCCCCCUUGUUUUGUAGUUCCACAAUUCCAGGGAAUCAUCCUCCUGGGAUUUUUCCCUUCCCUCUUGCCCUUCUUCCCCCUCCUUUUCCAGCUGUGUCAGUGUUGUGUGGUGUGUAUUGUAGGGCUGAUGUCUUUGCCUGACAGUGUCCCUUGGGUGGCUGACUUUCGCUUUCCUUGUUUGUGUUCACUUUUUUUUUAACGAUAUGGUAUAACCUGAUCUGUUCUGGACUGUUACCACCUCUAAAAUUUAUUUGUGUGAGCCUAAAAUUAAUUAGAAAACAUUUCUUGUAUGAUUCUGUUGUGGAAAUUGAUGUGUCCCAGGAAGGCUGAUAGCAGUGAAGGCUUUUCCUAGAUGAAAACCUACAUGGACUGAACCAAGUGUAAAACAGGACCUGUUGGAAAACUUAAUGUAUAAUCACAUUAGACAUGUAUAUUUUUGUGGACAUUUUACUUAAAAUGUUGUUACUAUACAGAUAUUUUCUUGAAACUUAUCCCUUUAUUAAAUUAUUUUUCUACUGGA